AUGCCUCGAGUGGUGGAGAUAAGAACUCAAAUUACGGGAGACUGCCCGCGAGCGAGACACAUGCAGAAACCUGACGGCCCAACAGAGCAUUCACACGUAGCCCAUCUGAAACUCUGGAAAUACAGCCGAGUAAUCGCGCUGAUAUAUGCAAGGUUUCUAGAGCAGAGAUGCAGACAAGAACUCCACAACUUGCAGAGAGGACGACGAGCAGACGAGGAAUCUGAAACGGGAGAAUUGAUUCCUCCACCCGUGGCGGCAGAGCAGAGACACCAGAAGCAGAGACAUUGUUUGAGCGAGACUUCGCACGUUUUUUGCGAAAAUGCGAUUGAAGACUUGGAAGCGAUUGCAAUGGGUGGUAGUGAUGUUUUGAGUGAAACAUCACAAUUGUUUAACGACAAUGAAAUCGAUGGAAUAGACGAUUGUUUAAACGACUUUGAUGACGAUGAUCUUCCUCAGAGUGAGACAUCGCAAAUGUUUUACGAUAAUCCUAUGCCUCUUGCUCUCUACUAUCAAGUAGGAUCUGGAUUUGAGAACCAGCCUGGACCUUCGACACGUGGCCCUGCCUUCCUGGAAAAUGUUUCGUCCGAGAACCUGGAUAAUGCGGUAAUCGUUGACGAAACAAAUAGGAGGGUCAAUCAGCGUUACAACGCAGAAGAGGUGACAUUUAGGGCUAGGAUAGAGGAAGAGAAAAUACCACCUAGGCUUCAACGCACUCCCUUGGUUGCAGCAGUUGAAGCAGUGAGGGCUCUUUUUAGCCUACUCAUUCUGCGUUGUACGCAAAAUCUAAGGCCUUCUGAUCUUAUUCGCUUUUGCUUCAUGGCAAUAGGAUUAGAGAGGCCUGUGUCAACGGUUCUAAUGCCGGUAUCCGAUGUGACAGUGGAAAGAAUUGUUGCACCCAUAAUGCGGGUGCUUCAAUCCUACAAGAAGCUAAAACUGAAAGAUGGCGUCAAUGUUGACGUCAUCAUCAUUCACAGGGACAUAGGUGCAGGUGGCAACCGCCGAAUCAUCAAUAUCGAAACUGAUCGUCUUAAAAAACGAUCGGUUUUAUCGAUACCGACUGACAAGGAGGGGUUAUGUUGUGCUAAGGCCAUUUUAUAUGCUUUAGCUCACUUGGAAAAUGACCGGGCUGCAAUAAACUCCAUGAAGGAUAGAAGAAGGCCUGCUCUUCUUAACAGAGCCAGAAUUCUUCACAAUGAUACAGGAGUUCCUUUGGGACCUUGUUCUUAUUCAGAAAUCAGGACGUUUGAAGACUUCCUCGACAUCCAAAUUGUUGUCAUUUCUUCUGAAAGUUUGAACAAGGUUUCUUACAAAGGCAGAGACAGAGAAAGACGCAUCAAUCUGUGGUUUCAUAAUGGGCAUUACGAUGUAAUUAAAAGUCUUAAAGGGUUUUAUGGCUCCGAUAACUAUUGCGAGUCAUGUGAAAAACCCUUUAUGAAUCUUGAAGACCACAGAUGCCAGUUUGUGUGUCCCAUCUGUCUCAGGAAAGAUUGCUUACCUGGUCAUCCCCAGCGUUGCUCCGACUGUGAUAGACUUUGCCGCUCUUCCAGUUGCUUUGAAUGGCAUAAAGCAACUUCUGGAAAAAGACAGAAAUCUUUUUGCGAUAAGAUGUACCAAUGCAGAAACUGUGGCAAAGUCGUAUUACGGAGGAUCUGCCCUAUGAACAUGCACAAAUGUGGAACGUCCAGAUGCCCUUCAUGCAAGCAGUUUGUGAAUGUGUUGGAACAUCGAUGCUUCCUGGAGGUUGUUUCACCCAAAAUGCCUUCUGACAAACUGAUCUUUUUCGACUUCGAAACGGAUCAGUCGUCAGGUACCCAUGAAGUAAACUUUGCUGUAGCACAGUAUUCCAAUGGGGAGGAAACAAUCUUCAGAGGCUUUGAUGGACAAUUCGUCAUGGCUUGGCUUCUGGAGCAAGGGAUAGCACGAUCUGUUAUACCCAACGGUUCAAAGCUUAUGUCCAUUGGCCACCCGACAUUGAGGAUAACUCUCAUCGACUCCUUCAAUUUUCUGCCAAUGAGUUUGUCCAAACUGCCGGGUUGCUUUGGACUAAGUGAACUGAAAAAAGGGUUUUUUCCACAUCUUUUCAAUAAGAGGGAAAAUCAAACGUAUAUUGGCCCCAUUCCUGACAUCACAUUUUAUAGCCCAGAUACAAUGCGAGAUGAGUUUCUAAAAUGGCAUAGAAUGCAGGAAGGGGUAGAAUUUGAUUUUCAAAAGGAAAUGCUCUCUUAUUGCAAUUACGUGACCAUUGGCUCGGCUUGUAUGGCAACAUACAGGUACAAGCAUAUUCGGAAGAAUUCAGUAGUCAUGGUGCCAGUACAUGGAUACAUCAACAGCACCAAUUACAACCCUGAUGCUAUACGCUGGCUGGAUUUCAUUGCAACCCAGGAAAAUAUUGAAAUUCAUCACGCGUUGAACAAACAGGGCGAAAAACGAAUAAACGGAGUGUCUGUUGAUGGAUUUUGUGAAGAAACAAAUACCAUCUAUCAAUUUCAUGGCUGUUUUUAUCAUGGCUGUCCUGAAUGUUUCGAAGGAGGCACUUUGAAUUCCUUAUCUGGCGUUAGUAUGAGGACUUUGUUUGAAAGAACAAAUGAAUCAACUGCUAGAUUAAGGAAUCAAGGCUAUAGAGUCAUCGAAGAAUGGGAACACGUCUUUAAAAGAAGAUCAAAUGAUGACUUAGAAUUACAUCAAUUUAUUCUAAGUCAUGAACUAAAAGAUCGGCUUGAACCAAGGGAUGCCUUCUACGGUGGUAGGACAAAUGCGGUGAAAUUGUUCUUUGAAGGGACAGCUAAAUAUGUUGACUUUACUUCACUGUAUCCGUGGGUUAAUAAGUAUUGUCUCUAUCCCGUGGGGCAUCCUGAAGUCAUCACCGAAAACUUCCGGAGUAUUGAUGAUUACUACGGAAUUGUAAAAUGCCGUGUCUUGCCUCCCCGAGGACUCCAUCUGCCUGUUCUCCCUGUCAGAUGUAAUGGAAAACUAACGUUUCCGCUCUGCCGUUGCUGUGCUGAAAGCUUAAACCAAAGCUCUUGUCAUCACAGCGACGAAGAAAGAUCUAUCGUAGGAACAUGGGUGACGGAAGAAGUGAAACUAGCCGUUGAGAAAGGCUAUUUAAUCUCAAAAAUAUAUGAGGUGUAUCACUUCCAGGAGAAAUCCAAAUGUCUCUUCCAGUCCUACAUAGAUCUUUUUCUAAAGAUUAAGCAGGAAAGCAGUGGAUAUCCUUCCGAUUGCACAACUGUUGAAGAAAGGGCUUCCUAUAUUCAGCAGUACUUCGAGAAGGAAGGUGUUCUACUGAAUCCUGCUGAAAUAAAAAAAAUCCAGGGAGACGGUGAGGAAUGA